GUUGGCGGCUGCGUCUGGCGGGCUGGGGCUCUCUGCGCCGUGCGGGUGCCGGGUCGGGAAGCCGCGCUGGUGUAGGGGCGAGAGGUCUCGGCUGUCCUCAGUCCGGCAGGAUGGGGCUGUGGAGGCUCUGGAGAAGCGAUGCCUCCGUGCUCGCUAUGUCAGCCCCGAGUGUCGCGUGUGGUGAGGGCUCUGGUGAGCGCCCGGCGCUGGCAGUGCUGAAGCGCCGCUGUGAGCGGUGCGAUGAGGGGCUGGUGAGGCGGGACUGGGUGUGCUCCUGCCAGCAGUGACUAAAGGCGCUCGGCAGAAUUGCAGUCAAAGCAUCUGGCGUACUUAGUGUCAGAGUUAGCAGGGAUUGCACAGCUCAGGUUAUUUGCAAACUCUGGAAGGAAAUUACACUAAUUUAGAGGCGUUUACAGUAUUUCAGCACUGAGAAGAAGUUUAUUCUUUAUUGAAAGAUGAGCCUACGAAGUCACUGCAGGUAACUUAGAAGAGAAGUGCUUCUGUUUCUCUUACUGGAUGAAAAUAACUUGGAAGCUGAUUUGCAGUGAAUUAUCAGUGAAGACACACAGCAUUUUCUGGAAUAUUGCAUGAUCUCAUAAUGAAGAUCUCUCUCCUGCAGCAGAUGUAUAAGGACGUCCUGGCAGGCAUUCCCCUAGCAAGGGAAAGCCAUCAUUAUUCCUCUUUAAUUAAUCUGUGUGUUGAGCAGCCACCAGAAGGAGAUGAAUCCUGUCAUCAGAAUCAUCUGCCAUCUACUGCUGGUGGUGUUAGGAGCCAUCAGGACACUGAUAUGUCAGAUGUCCCUGCAACAGAUGAUUUAUCAAACAGCUUUGCAAACAUGAGCUCCUCGUUCUGCCCACGAGAGGUGAUGCUGCUCCAGUUAACCUUGAUCAAGAUGAUGGUGGCGAAAGUAGAGUCCCAGGAAAUAGAACUCCACACAAGAAAGAAGUACUGUGAAAUCUUUGUUCUUCUGAAGGAGGCAAAAAUUGACUCAAAAUUGAUUCACCUGCUUGGUUGUAACGAUCGGCUGUUAUCUCACAUGGCCUCACAAACUUUAGCAUCUCUUGUGUAUUUCCAGCUGAAGGAAGAGGACGCCUUAAAUGUCACGUGGCUCAGCUUUAGCCUGAACACGCUGUUGGGAUUCCCCGGGAAUGCCCGGGUGGCCGAUUGCCUGUGGACUCUGGUGGCGAUUCUCAAGGAGACGCUGAAGGACGCGCUGGUCCCCAGAGCAGGUGUUCUGAAGAAGUUGUUGGCUCCUCUUGAUGCAGUGCUUGAGGGAUUUUAUAAUGCCAUCCUGCUCCAUCAUUUUGACAGUCACCACUACACUUCACCUUAUUCUGAAGCUACAAACAAUCUGAUCAGCUUUAUAGAUCUGCUUGAAGCACUUUUGGCUUCCAGAAUUGAAAUGGAAUUACCUCUCAGGUGCCAGAGAAUUUUGUUUUUGAAAGUUUCUUAUGUCCUCAACCUUAUUAGUUCAUCAAUUCCCUAUGUAAUCAAGAAGAAAUUAAUUUUGCUCCUUAAAAAAUGUGUCCUUUACAAGUCUAGAGAAGAUGCUAAAAGUGGAUCACUGUUUUUACAAACCCCAUCUUUAUGUGAGGAUAUACUUGCACUGAGUAACGCUAUUCUGCAGGUUGUGAAUUUGACUUGGCUUAAUCAGAUCCCACUCAGUGGAAAGUCCAGCUACUUUGGAAGCAGUGAAGCUGCUCCUGGAGAUGAUUCUCAAGGUGGUUCUGACCAAACUGUUCUCAGGGCCUUAAGUUUGGUUGUGCUUAAAGCACUGGAAUUCAAGAUUCACAACUCUGCAACAGAAGCAGAAAUGAAAGGAGACUUUGAGAGUUCCAUGUCCCAGCUGUUGAUGUUCUGGAGGAGUCAUGUAAAGCCUUCCCCACAGUCUCACCCAGUUGUGCAUCACUGUGAAUGGCUCUCCUUGGUUUUUAUGGAGCAGGAUGAUGACAUCUGGGAAGCUGCUAAAGUUUUAUUACUCAUCUAUUUAAAAUUUUAUAGGUUACGGUAUGAUGCUGCUGCUAACCUAAGCCAAAAAGAGGAGGAAUCCUGGAAGUUCCUUGUGCAUACAGGUGGAUAUAACCCACACUGUAUCUUUUUAUUCCUUCUGGAAAAGAUUGCAUUUGAUUCCACAGUACUCCUAGAUUUUCUGAUUUCAUCAGAAACUUGCUUUCUGGAGUACUUGGUCAGGUACUUAAAGCUUCUUGGGAAGGAGUGGCAUCAGUUUGUAGAUGUCUGUAACCAUUUCGAUACCAGGCACAGCACUUUCCACUCAGUUUGUUCUGUCAAGCCACCCCACCAAGAAAAGCAAAGCUGUGUGACUGGGGAGAGUUUGCAAAAUGCUGGUUGUGAACCAGAACCACAGACUCCGAUGUCUUUGGCUUCUUCUCACAAUUGCCCGGUGUUUACAGCACAGCAGGGCAGUAAUGAAGCUGCAGAGUGGAACCAGUCUGACUCAUUGACAGGCACUGAUAGCACGUCCCUGCUGGGUUCUCUUCAAAGCCUGGUUAAUUAUGACAGCUCAGAGGACUCGGAGGUGGAAUCAGAUGGAAAAGAGUGCUUGGUAAAUGCAAAACAAUUGCCUACAAACAAUGAGGGUGAGGUGAGGAGAAGGGAAACUGGUUGCAGCUGCAGAGAUGAUGACCGGAAUCCACGCACGUCUGAAGUGUUGCCUCUGAAACCGAAGGGAUCUUGUACCUCAUCCUGUUGGACUUGUAUGGCAUCUUCAGAUAAUAUUGCAUCCCUAAGAAUAAUGCUUUACAAAUCAACAAAGUGUUUGGAAGAGCUGCAAGAAGCUAUUUCUAGGUUGCAGAGAAGAAAUCUUUUCCCAUAUAAUCCAUCUGCGUUGUUGAAACUACUGAGCCACAUUGAGAAGAUGAGUAAAUCCAUGAAUCCACAAUAAUGCAAAGUGUUCUUGUGGGUUUUUUUAACAAGUUCACCAGGGAAUAUUUCCAUGAGAUUAAUGACUUCUAAAGCUCAUGCUUCUUGCAGUAGUCAGUUCAUUUAACCUCAGACAGGGUAAACAUGGGUUUGGUUGACACCCUAAAACUCUGGAAUUGCAUCCAGUGAUAUGAUCCGUGACCUGAGGGUCCUAGGCUUAUUCAUGAUAUGUAUGCCGACGUACAGUGUAUAAGGAUUAAUUGUUGGGUAUUCAACAUUUUAUAAUAAAUAACUCACGUGAAAGCAUUUCAAAAAUAUAUCAUACUUAAAGUAUUGUCAAUUGUAUCUAAUGUAAUUCUAUUUAUGAAUUCACUGCCACAUUGGUAGAGGUUUAUGGACUACAGGGCAAAGUUAAUGCAACACUUGACUGCUUAGAAGUUGGGCUAAAUAAAAUAAUAUAGUUGGGGGCAGUUUACUGUUUAUCCUGUGUGUUCUGCAUUGGUGCCUUGCUCAAAGUGGACCUUCAGGUGUCCAUAAUCCUUUAAUUAAAAGAAAAGGUAGAUGUGAAAUUAAAGCAUAUGUUAUCUAUGGAAAACUUUAGUCAAGAAUUAUAUUUUAAAUUAAGCUUAGGUAAUGCAGAAGUGAAAUUCCAACAGAUUUUUUUGCAUCUAUCAUGCAUUUCAUAUAAAUAUAGGAUGUAUACUUAAUAAAUGAAAAUCAGAAAGAGAAUUAGAAAGUAAGUGACUCCAGCAUAGUGAGAUGGAUAUUGAAGAUGUUAAAUUAUUAUACUUAUAUCUUUUAUUAGAUGUAAUUUGAAUAACCUGAAAAGUAAGCGUCUGAGAGUUUGCCUGGGGGAGUGAGUUCAGAGCAGGAUCCAAGGCAGCGUGUGCACUUAGCAGGAAAGCACCUGAUGCUGGUGCCACCACACACAACAGCUCUGAUUCUAGAGGUUUAAGGUUUAAUACAGUCUCAAAGAUUUGCCAGAAGGGCUUUCUCUACUGACAAAGUUUACUAAUACUGUAAACUGUCUUAUGUAAGUGCUUGGAAGCUCUCUUGAAAGCUCACACCCACUGUGUGGAUUCACUGUAAUUUAUUAUAUGAACUCAGCUGACUGGAAAAGAAAGAGGUACAUUUUGUGACAUUUUCUGAAAGAAGUGAAUUUUUCUUACUUUGAUGGAAUACCUUUUUUACUGAGAACUUAUACAUAAUUUCCAGUGAUAUGUAAAAUAAUUGAGUGAAAUACAUGUCUCCUUUAUCCAAUUAUAUUUAGUUAUAUUAUUAUAUUUAGCUAUAUUUAAUUGUCCAAUGAAUGAGUAGAUAUUAUGCUGCAAGUAAGGAAUAGUAACACUUAGAUUUUUUAAAUUUUUGUUUUCUCAUUGAGAUGUACAGACUCAAGUAUUUUUUGGUUUGAUUUUAUUUUUUUUUGCAGCAUUCAAAUUUAAGACACCUGAAGGGUAAGCACUAUGGAGGUGCAGAGAUAAUUGUAAGGUCAUUGGGCACUUUGAUCAAGGGAGUAUGAUUACCUUGUUAUUUACCACGGAAAUCUUUAAUCUUGCAAUAGUAUCCUACGUAGGCAGUGCCAGCCUAAUAAAUACUGCUCAAAAAGGAUGUAAAAACAUGUGUUCCCAGGUUUUUUUUGUAGCAGUCCGAUGUUUGCUCCGAUCAAACAAAUUUGGUUUUUGCAAUUUACUGUAACAGUGAAGAAACUGUGGUUUUAGGUAUAAGAAAGGUGUUGCUGCCAAUUACCCCUUCCAUUCCUGGCCCAGUAUCGGCCAAGUGAUGUAUGAAUCAACUUGCUCUGGGCUUUCUUAAUUGGCAGAGUGUUCCUAAAUCUUCUGCUUGGUUCACAGCAGUGGUUUGUUCAGAUGUGGGAAAGUUUGGAGAUCAUUUAAAGCAGCAGCCAAGCCAUAAUUCUUUCUGAAAUAACCUUUCAUGUUUAAUGUUUCUCUGGUGCAUCAGGUUACUGAAUACUGCUCCCAGCUUUAUGGAAGGACCAAAGACUUGCAAUAGCUGCAAGAUAUAAUACCUAAAAUU